UUCACAAACUCACAAAUUUUCCUGACACAAACUAAACAGUUGCUUUUGUCUCACUUUAUGUCAUCGAUCAGUUCAAGGUUAUGCAUUUGAUUUCCUUUCUCACAAGCAUCAAAAACCAUGUAAUACCUCUUUGAUUUGUCAGCUAAAAAAUAAUCACAAUGUUCAACUUUUUGUCUCUCAUUCUAAUAAGUCAUUUCUUUGUUCAAUCCGUCCAAACUCUAUAAAUAACAACUUCAAUUUCCAAUCUCUCUCCCCUUCCAUAUCAUUUGGAGACUGAAAGUAAAAAAAUAACAAAAAAAAUGGCUGCUGUUACUAGUUUUACAUAUCCUGCUUCUCCCUUUCUUGUAAGGUGCUGUUCUAUGAAAGAAAAUCAUCAUGAACAAUUGAAUGGUAACAGUAGCAUAAGAAUGAAUGGGAGUUUUAGGUCUCCGAUUAAAGUUGAAUCACUUAGUCAAACAGCUGAAGCUGCACCUACAACUCUGGUUGAAAAUGGCCAACGACAAAACAUACCGACAAAGAAGCAAUUGGUUGACUCCCAUCGUCAAGGUCUUAUCGUUGGUGUUGGUUAUAGACAGACAGUCGUCAUUAGGUCUUAUGAAGUCGGUCCUGAUAAAACCGCAACACUUGAAAGCAUCCUCAAUCUUCUUCAGGAGACAGCAUUGAACCAUGUAUGGAUGUCUGGACUACUGAGUGAUGGGUUUGGAGCAACACAUGGAAUGAUGAAGAAUGAUCUCAUUUGGGUUGUAUCAAGAAUGCAAGUUCUCAUUGAUUAUUAUCCCAUCUGGGGAGAGGUACUUGAAAUCGAGACAUGGGUUGGAGCAUCGGGCAAGAACGGAAUGCGACGCGACUGGCUCAUAAGAAGUCAAGCCACAGGCCAAAUUUUCGCUCGCGCAACAAGCACAUGGGUGAUGAUGAACCGUACAACAAGACGCCUCUCGAAAAUGCCAGAAGCGGUGAGGGAUGAACUCGCACCUUGGUUUAUAUCAAACCAAGCAAUAAAAGAAGAUGCUCCUGAAAAAAUCGUCAAAUUGAACAAAGAGGCGAAAUACACAAACUCCAAUUUGAAGCCUAAAAGAAGUGACUUAGACAUGAACCAACAUGUUAAUAAUGUAAAGUAUCUAAGAUGGAUGCUAGAGACUAUACCUGAUCAAAUUCUAGAGAGUCACCAAUUAUCUGGAAUCAUAUUAGAAUAUAGAAGGGAAUGUGGAAGUUCAGAUAUAGUUGAAUCACUAUGUGAUCCUGAAGAAGAUGAAAUAGUACUUAAUGGUAUGGUUGAAUCAGAUUAUUGCAAAAAUUUGAUUAAUGGAUUGUCAUUGGCAUCAUCAGAUAUUAUAAAUGGUGGUGGAGUUUUGAGCUACCUUGAGCAUAGGCCAAUAAAGUAUACACAUCUUUUACAAGCUAAGGGAGAAAAACAAAAUGAAGAAAUUGUUAGAGGAAAAACUACAUGGAAGAGGAAAUUCACUACAUGUCCAUUUUCUACAUAGUAAUGUAUGUUGAAGUAGUUUUUGGGAACUGAUGACUUGGAAAGAACAAACUUCACUUUAUACUUUGGUGUGUGUGAACUAUGAAAUCUUUGGCUUCAAUGUAAAAGACAUUAUGGGAAACAGCCAAGAACAUUAGAAGAAAAAAUCUAUAUAAAGAAAAUGACAUGAUCAAAGAAAUUUAUAAAGUUAUGAGUAUGUUGCUUAUGUAAUUCAUGAAAUUACUGUGAAAUAUGAUAAUGAUUUAUUUAUAAUGAAUUCUAGUUAU